GUUUCGUUUCGGAGCGCGACGGUAACGCUGCGACUGCUGAGGGCGGCAGUCUUCUCUAAAGGGAUAUAUUUAUGAUACUGUUCUUUUGGAAUUAUAGUUGGUUGUUUGUGGUCACCGGUCCUUCAGCUCUUCAAGUGGCGAGAGGAGGAUGAUGGGACAGAAGGAGAGAGAAAAUGAACACCGACCGAAGACAAAGGAAACCCCACUCGACAAGAGCGAAGCGACCGAGGAGGUUCAGGAGGCGGAUAAGCUGAAUACGUUUGAAGAUUUGCUCGAGUUGGUUGGGACUCGAGGGCGAUGGAAUAUAAGGGUCUUUUUAAUAUGUUGCGCGCACAUGGUGGCAUGCCCGUUCUCCAGCUUGUCAUACCAGUUUCUUGGUGCCACUCCCAAACACUGGUGUCACGUGGCACCUCUUGUACAAGCAAACUGGUCGCAGGAACAAAUCCGGACUCUAGCCAUUCCGUACAGUAAUGAGACGGGUCAGUUCGAAGGAUGCCAGAUGUACGAUGCCAACUACGCCCUGGCAGCCGACCUUGGGUUUGAACGGAGUCAAAAUAACUCUGAGGUUUUGCCCCGUCUAGACACUCUGCCCUGCGAAUCGUGGGAUUUCGAGUCCUCGGAAUAUAAGUCUACUGUGGUCACUGAGUGGGACCUCGUCUGCGACCGCCGUCCUCUGUACUCCAGUCUGCAGGCGGCGACGCAGGCUGGGUAUCUGCUUGGGUCUCUGCUGAUGGGCUACCUCUGUGACAGAUGGGGUCGACGGGUAGUGGCAGUGUGGUCUACAGUGUUGAUCCUGGUGGUGGGCGUUGCCAUAACAACCAUCCCCGUGUUUUGGGUGUACAUUUCGCUGAGAUUACUCUUCUGCAUCUUCAUCAUGGGAAUUUACGUGCCUACUUUCAUCAUCUGCCUUGAAGUUUCGUCUCCCAAACUUCGGUCCGUGGCGGCCAUCAUGUUCAUCUUGCCCUGGGCGAUCGGCUACAUGAUCCUUCCGGGCAUUGCCUUCGUGGUGAGGUCGUGGCAGUGGCUGCAGGCGGUUCUCGUCUUGCCCUACGUCCCUCUGUUGGCUUAUUACUGGUUGCUUCCGGAGUCUCCCCGAUGGCUCAUCCAGCAAGGUCACUUUAAGGAGGCCCUCGAGUUGUUCUCAGAGGCCGCGAAGGUCAACGGGCGGACGCUACCCUCAAAGGCUAAGGUCUUAGAGGCCAUGGAAAACAUCCAGAAAAAGUUAACAGAGGAAACCACGACCGAGGAUAAACACGACAGCAACUUUAUUACAAGAGUCCUGAAGAACAUCGUAGUGGUGAUAGCGAAGCGUGAACUGCGCACCCGCUCGCUCGCCAUUUUCUCCUGCUGGUUUGCCGUGUCUAUGGUGUACUAUGGAACAGCCUUCGGAGCCACUAACCUCGGCGUCGACAUCUACACAUACAUGUUCCUCUCUGGUUUACUGGAAGUCCCAGCUUACCUGUUAUUAUUGCCGUCAAUUGAAAGGCUGGGGCGUCAAAGGACGCUGGUGAUGCUGUUUUUCAUCUGCACCAUUAGCAUUUCGUCUGUUGCUCUCAUCAUGUUCUACUUCCCAAAUGCACCCGCAGGCCUCAAGAUAUUCUUCUCACAAAUUGGCAAGUUGUGUGUGACAGCAGCCUUCCAUCUGACGUGGAUUUACACAGCCGAAAUGUUCCCUACGCGUUAUAGGUCCUUGGCUGUGGGUGAAGGUAGCUGUAUAGCGCGCAUAGGGAGUAUCUGUUCGCCUUAUAUUAUUGACAUAUUGGGCGAGGUGACCGCUUGGGCGCCUUCUGCCGUUUUCGCCUUGAUCUCUCUCAUGGCCUCCGUCCUCGCUCUCCUGCUGCCGGAAACUCGAAAUCUCGACCUGUUGGAAACGGGGAGCUCUAAGGAAAAGGCUUCGGACCAAAAGAUGGAUACUUCUGGGAGCUCUGAGGCUUGAAUACUAGCUUCUUUUGGAGGAUGUUUGGUAGGAAAAUGUCCACGGAGAGGGACAUUUUUAGUUUUUUAUUUUGACAUUUCGAUAUUAGAAGAGGGUUAAGGUGAUAUGGGAUUCCCAACACCCAUGGGAAGCAGAGCAGGAGCCGUAGUCCGGCCUGAGGGUGAGGCUGAAACGAUGGGGAAAUGUCCUUGCAGGGUGAAGGCUUCCCUCCAGCUCAUCAGGGGUGGGGUUGUGGGUUGUGGGGGGGGGGGGGCAAGGCUUGUGACCCAUCACCCCAUGCCCAACGCCGGUGUUAUUUUGUAACUGUUUAUCUUAACUUGAAGAAAAUGCAAGAAUGACCAAAUCCAUGAUAUUUAUAGACAAACAGGCAGACCGAUCAGUGCGUAGAAAACAAAUGUGAGAAGAUCGAAGUUAGUGAAACGAGUACAAAUGAGAAUAUUGUGAAUCAUGAGGAAUAGUCCAUUUUAACUGAUUCUAUAAUGACCAUGGAAAUAAAAGGGUUCAGAAAAGGAGAUCAGAAGUGGAUCUGUUAAUUUAACAACACGAAAUGAGAAAGCACCGAGAAAAGAAGACAAAAUAACAGAAGCGUUAAGAUUUAAGAAUGAAAUUCAGAUAACACGACGAGGAGUAUGAUGGACCAGCUGUCUAUGAACAAGAGGAACUUUAUAGACCAAGUAAUAUAUUAAGGGAACUAAUGUGUCGUGCGGAAUGUCAGAUCUUUGGGGGAAUGGUCUAUAUUUGUUUUAGGAUAAUUGUAAAAGAAAAUAAUACGCACUUACAGAUUUGAAAGAUAUAUGUGUACACACACACACACACAUACACACACACAAACACAGACAUACACACAAUGAGAGAGAUAAAGAGAGGAGAGAGAAUUAAAGGGGAGAAUGUGAGUUAAUGAGAGAAAGACAGGGUGCUGGAAAGCAAUAUCGAUUAUCCGCUGAUCUCCAAUGAUAUCAUUAUCAUUAUCAUAAAGAACUAUAUGCAUCAUUAUCAGUUAUUUUCAUUCUUGCAAUAUUGAUAAAGCUUGAAGAUUAUUUCAAUUUAGGAUUUACUUUGAGGUAGGAGAGUUUUUGACAUAAAAGUUAUAUAUAAACAAUUUGUUUUGCUCAUGUACUUUCUUCACACGAGAAGAUUAUAACAUUAUAACAUGAUUACAUAUAGGUCUGGCGUAGUGCAAAAUAAUAAGAAUAAUGAUAAAAUUAAAAGAAAAUGUAAGAG